AUGAGGAAGAAACCCCUCCUUUGGGCUUCCGUGUGUCUGCUGCUCUGCGGUGCCUUCCGCCCCCUGGACGCUGCUCCGCAGUGGGAGGACGAGGAGGACGCGGACGGCUCAGGUCCUGUGUCCCCCCAGGUGGGCCUGGCUCACCAGUUCUGUGCGUACCGAGCAGACACCGGCCCCUGCAGGGCCUCGUUCCCGCGGUUCUUCUUCAAUGUACUCACCGGCCAGUGCGAGGCCUUCGUGUACGGGGGCUGCCGAGGCAAUGAGAACCGCUUCGGGAGCCUGGAGGAGUGCAGACAGCGAUGCCUCAGAAGGAAUGCGGGACAAUGAAUCAAGACGACACAACAAUCCUCGCGGCCCGGCUUCUGCUCGCUGGAGGCGGAGGUGGGGUUCUGCCGCGCCUACUUCAGGCAAUUCUUCUACAACCACCGCACCCAGCGCUGCGAGCAGUUCGUGUUUGGGGGCUGCGGCGGGAACCGCAACAACUUCGAGACGGAGGCCGAGUGCCAGCGCACCUGCGGGGCCCCGGAUGACAGCACUCCGCCCCACGUCUCCUCCACAUUCCGCAAUGCCCAGGAGAAUGCCAGAGUUGGGGACGACGUCAGCGCCCCCUCCUGGUGUCUGACGGGGGCGGACAGAGGCCUGUGCACGGCCAACGUGACCCGGUUCUACUACGACUCCGAGGCAGGGACCUGCCUGACCUUCAGCUACAGCGGCUGCGGAGGCAACGAGAACAACUUCGUCUCGGAGCGGGCCUGCCUCAAGGCCUGCAAGAAAGUUUUCCUGUGA